GUGCACUGCGCGACGCCAUACCGCGGUGUUCGGAGGGCUAAGCGGCGGCGGACAUGUUGGCGCGGCCUGUGGCGGUGAAAUUUCACAUUUAGGAGUUUUAAAGGAUUUUACAGAAGAAGAAGAACUGCACAGAGGCAGCAGGAUGGACGCUGUUAACGCUUUUAACCACGAGUUGUUCUCCCUGAUGGACUCCAAGCCACCUAUCUCCAGAGCAAAAAUGAUCUCCAUUACAAAGUCUGCAAUAAAAGCCAUUAAAUUAUACAAGCAUGUCGUCCUAAUUGUUGAAAAAUUUAUCAAGAAGUGUAAACCAGAGUACAAAGUCCCAGGGCUCUAUGUGGUCGACUCCAUUGUGCGACAGUCGCGUCAUCAGUUUGGUGCAGACAAGGAUGUGUUUGGUCCCAGAUUCACGAAGAACAUCACUGGAACGUUUGAGAACCUCUGCUUGUGCCCCACAGAGGACAGGAGUAAAAUUGUGCGUGUCCUGAACCUGUGGCAGAAGAAUGGGGUGUUUAAGAUUGAGGUGAUUCAGCCACUCUUGGACAUGGCUGCAGGCUCCAGCAGCUCAGGUGGAGGUUCAGCUCUGGACAAUGGUCCAGAUAUGGCUACAUCCCCUCCAUCGCCCGCCAAGGAAGUAGAGAGCCAGCCAGUAGUGUCUGCUAACUCUGUGCAAGCAUCCAUGCCACAACUGCAGAACUCUGAUGCUUUUGCUGCAGUAGCUCAACUGUUCCAGUCCUCGCAAGGCCAGCAGCUUCAGCAGAUGCUGCAGACAUUCCAGCAGCCAGGGAAGCCGCAAUCUCCUGCACUGGAGAACAAUAUGACUGUCAACUUCCAAAUGCCGACACCAGUUAUGCAGCCUGUUCCUGGGCUGCCCCCAGGCCUCCCUCAUGCCCCACUGCCUGUAGAAAAGAAAGCCACUUUCGACAAGAAACUUCUUGACCGCUUUGAUUAUGACGAUGAGCCAGAAGGUGGAGACGACGGCAAGAAGGACGAGGCUCCCUCCAUUCAGCCUGCUGCUUUUGGUUUUCCUGAAGGCCUUCAUCAGCCUCAGCAGGUAUCAGCACCCUUCCCUCCACAAGCCAGUCAGAUGCAGCACUUUCAGCAGCAUAUGAUGGGUGUGACUCCAGAUCAGCAGGUUCUACCUCCAAAUGGUCAGCUCCAAAAUUUCAACCGCAUGCGCCCGCAGCUAUAUCCAGGGAUGAUACCUCCAGUAGGGCAGCUGCCUACUGCAGUUCCUCACGGGUUCCCUGGAGCCUUUCCUCCUCCGAAUGAUGCCUUUUCUCAGUUCACAGCUGUGCAGCAGCACCAUCAGGAGGCCUCUAUGGAUUUAGAUCCAUCCUCAAGACACCACGCAGAUGGCAGGAGGUCUAGGUCUCGCUCAGGCUCAAGAUCUCCAAAGAGGAGGCGAUCGCGGUCAAACUCUCGAUCCAGACGCUCACGACACCGACGUUCAAGAUCUCGAUCGAGGGAAAGGCGACGUCAUUCACCUCGCUCUCGAUCUCAGGAGAGGAGGGAGAGAGAUAAAGAGCGAGAACGCAGACAAAAAGGCCUGCCGCUCAUUAAACCUGAUACACUAAGCGUGUGCAGCACUACUCUGUGGGUGGGACAGCUGGACAAGAGGACCCAGCAGCAGGAUGUGGCUUGUCUAUUAGAGGAGUUUGGCCAGAUAGAAUCUAUAAAUAUGAUUCCUCCGCGUGGUUGUGCCUAUAUUGUUAUGGUUCAUCGACAGGAUGCCUUUCGAGCUCUACAGAAGCUCAGCAGAGGCACUUACAAAGUCAACCAAAAAGCCAUUAAGAUUGCCUGGGCUUUGAACAAAGGCAUAAAGUCAGAGUUCAAGCAGUACUGGGAUGUGGAGCUAGGUGUCACCUAUAUUCCAUGGUCCAAACUCAAAGUGGAGGACCUGGAAGACUUCAAAGAAGGGGGUGUACUGGACACAGAUACACUUUGCCCAGUAUGGAAGGGUGCUCAUGGGGAAAUGGAGAACACUGACGAGGCAUCCCAGAACGGCAGGGCUGACAUAGGGCUGGUGAACGAGAGUCCAGCUCCGGUCCCUGUGCAGGCUCCUCCUCUUCAGCAAGUAGGGGCUCCUGGUGCAACUGGUGUUCCUCCCCCAGUUUUCCCAUCACCCAUGAAUAUGCUUCCGCACUCUUUUCCACCUGGGGUUCCACCUCCUCCCAGUCCAUUUAUGAGGCCUGGAUUUAACCCCAUGCAGAUGCCUCCAGGAUUCCUCCCUCCUGGCGCUGUGCCUGCCAUGGCCUCUGCUGGUCCUCCUACGCCAGGCAGCAUGGGCAUGCCAUCAGUUGGCGGCUCAGGAGAGGAACAGCCUAAUGAUCCAGGCUCCAGGAUGAACAGGGAAGGAGCUGAAGGAUUCAGUGCCAUGCAAGGGAUGAACAUGCAGAGUCCACCAGGGCUCUUGGGUUCAAGACCAGGUAUGAUGCCUCUCCAACGUCCCCCAGGGAUGCCCCCUCCACACCUUCAGCGUUUCCCCAUGGCUCCACGGCCAGGCAUGCCCCCCAUGCCUCCACAGAUGAUGGCUCCCAGGGGCCCUCCUCAGAUGAUGCAUCAUCGAGAGCCUCCACCAAGUGGAUUUGGCAUGCAUCCCCCUCCACAUGUCAUGCGAGGCCCUUUUCCUCACCCAGGGCCUCCGUUCAUGAGGCCUACUGGCCCCAGAGGACCAGACGGACCUGAAGAUCCUGAGGGACGGCCCUUCAGGGGUGAGCAUUCCGGGCCGGCCCGGGAGCGAGACAGGGAUCAGGAAUGGUUUGGUGGACGCAGGUCGUUUGGCGAGGGCCGUGGAGGGGACAAGUUGGAAGGGCGGGAACGCUUCGGGAGCUGGAACGAGGAGGCAGAGCAGAGGGGUGGGUGGGACAGGACACGGGAGCGCAGAGACUGGAGAAGGAGUCCGGACGGAGAGAGGGAACAAGGACGAGAGCAAGGUAGGGAGGGUGAGGAGCGACCCAAACGCAGAGACAGGGAAUCGGGAACGCGAGAGCGAAGUACCCGCUGGGACAAGGAUGACAGACUUGACAGACUGGCUAAUAUGGGCACUCAGUCCAACGCAGGCAGUCAACCCAACGGACAUGAGGCGCUCGGAGACUCUAGCAGCUCGGAGCAGUCUAGAGACUCUGCUAAAGAACUUACUCAAGCCAAGGCAGAAGCUCCGCCCCCUCCCACCGAAGUGACUGCAGAACCACAGCCCUCUGAACCGGCAGCAGAAACUCAGAACCAACCUGCAGAACAAACAAAGACAGACGAAUCAUAGGCUACGCUUAUCCCCUGGACUGCAAUGCCCAUAUGAUAUUUGUUCUUUUUGUUUUCUUACUUGACAAGAUGCACAUGUUUGUGUGAACAUUUGCCUAAACACCAUUUAGAAUGGUAAUGGAAAGACAUGAGUAUCAAGCAUCACAUGGGUUCAAACCUGAAAAUAAAGGCCAGAUAUUUAAGGUAGAAGAACAUCGGGUAAAAGCCAUGUAGAUAGUAUGUUUAUUUUACAUCCAUGUCCUGGCUAAUCUUGGACACUACAGGCUAAAGAGGUGAAACGAUGCAGAAACAACUUGAUUUAUAUGGUUUGUGGUCCUAUAGAAAUAAAUUAUAUGCCUUGUCCCCCUUCUAAAAUGUCAAAAUCAAUGAUCCUGUAAUUGACUUUUAAGAGUCUGGCUAACAUGGAGCACUGCUCUGUAAUCAGUGUUCCAUUGUGGAGCUUGAAUGUUGCUUUAAACCAGUGUUUCCCAGUCCUGAUCCUGGACCACCCUUGCACUGCUCUAUUUGUUUUUUUUUUCUGCUCACACACAUUUGUAGAUUAAUAAACAACUUGUUUAUUGGUUAACAAGUUAAAUCAGAGGGGUAGGACCCAAGGAAAAUACAAAAAAUAUUCAGUGCAGAUAUACUCUAAGUCUAGAGUGUGCACCAGUCAUUCUAAAAAGGUAAAUUAAAAAAAAGAAAGAAAAAGAAACACAUGGGGGUAAAAAUUUAAGAAGGAAAUAAUCUGCUGUAAAUAUGCUUCCACUACUCAAAUGACCUUUGUAGAUUUGGAGGUAAGGUGUGUUUUUGAAGUAUUCCCCAUGAACAUGGAGAAGAUAGGAAACCUUGACUAAAAUAAGAGACAAAGACCCUUUUGCUGUAAUGUUUUUAACUUGCCAUGUUUACAUCGUGCGAAAAUGAGAUGUUUGUAUAAUUUUUAAGUUUGUGGAGAUGUGAACUUGUUUAAUAUUUCAGCAAUAGGGAUUUGGUUUUAAUAAACUAUUUUCAUACCAAAAU